GAUGACGGGGAAGCAUGCGGGCAACCCAGCGUAUAAAACUCAUAAACGUGUAGGCAGAAGCUCAGCUACUACUUUGGACGGCUGCUUCCCCGCCAGCAGAGACCACGACGGCAGAGAGCUGAGCCCGAGCCAGCCAGGAGACAUGAAGAGCCUCUUGCUGCUGACCACGCUCCUGGUCCCUCUGCGCCUGGGCAUGGCUUGGAGCGCCAAGUAUGCGGUGGACUGCCCGGAACAUUGUGGUAACAGCGAGUGCAGGAGCAGCCUGCGCUGCAAGAGGCCGGUGCUGGAUGAUUGUGGCUGUUGCCAGGUGUGCGCCGCGGGGCCCGGGGAGACCUGCUACCGGACGGUCUCAGGCGUGGACGGAGUCAAAUGCGGUCCUGGGCUAAAGUGUCACUUUUACAGUGAGGAGGACGAUUUUGGUGACGAGUUUGGUAUCUGCAAAGACUGUCCCUUUGGCACUUUCGGGAUGGAAUGCAAAGAGACUUGCAAUUGCCAGUCGGGCAUAUGUGACAGGGUGACCGGGAGAUGUAUGGAGUUUCCCUUCUUCCAGUAUGCUGCAGCCAAGGCACCCAGCAGGACCUCUGCCUCCCACACAGAGCGUGAUGCAGCGUCUGGAGACGGCAACGCAGUGAGAGAAGAGACCUCGGAAGGGGAUGCCGCUCGCCCCUCUGUAAUGAAAUGGUUAAAUCCACGCUGAUCCUGCCUGAGAUUUGCCAGGAGGAGACUCUGCGUUUGUGACCAACAUUCAGCCAAUAUUUUAAGAGCCAUCUAGAAUAAAGACUAUGGACAUGUAAUUUAUGGAGAUCAAGUGUGAUUCAGAAUGGAUUCCAAAAAAAAAAAAAGGCUAUAUACAA